AUGGACUCUCUUACACCGUACCAGCGCAAGCACAAGGUUACUGUGAUAGGCUCUGGAAACUGGGGCACGGCUAUUGCCAAAAUCGUCGCCGAAAACACCGCCAGUAACCCUGCAAUUUUCGAGAAGGAUGUUCAGAUGUGGGUAUUCGAAGAGAAGGUGGAAAUCCCCAAGGAUUCUCCUCACUAUAGCUCUUCUUCCUCCCUAUGCCAGGGUCCCCAAAAUUUGACAAGUGUGAUCAAUGCGACCCAUGAGAAUAUUAAAUACCUGCCGGGAAUUGCUCUUCCCCCGAAUUUGCAUGCAAACCCUUCCUUGGAAGAUGCAGUCAAGGACAGCACCAUCCUUGUGUUUAACCUCCCCCAUCAGUUUAUCAUCAAGACUUGUGAGCAGAUCAAAGGGAAGAUUCUUCCAUAUGCUCGUGGUAUUUCCUGCAUCAAGGGCGUCGAUGUGCAGGAGGAAGGGAUCAGUCUUUUCUCGGAAACCAUCGGCAAGAUCCUCGGGAUUUACUGCGGUGCUCUCUCUGGUGCCAAUAUUGCGAGCGAGGUUGCGCAAGAGAAAUGGUCCGAGUCGAGCAUUGCUUACGAUCCUCCGCAUCUAGAUUCUAAAGCCCCCACUCCUAAUCGAUCACCUUCUUCAUCUACUGUUGAUGUGGUUCACUUUGAACAUCGUGAUGUUUCUGGCCAAUUCUCGCGCGUGAAGUUGCAAGCGCUACCAUCUGAGUAUCCUCCCAUUGAUCACGAGGUUUUGAAGUCCCUUUUCCAUCGCCCGUACUUCCAUAUUCGAGUGGUGAGUGACGUUGCGGGAGUUUCCCUUGGAGGUGCCCUCAAGAACGUUGUUGCCCUUGCAGCUGGGUGGGUGGAUGGCAUGGGAUGGGGUGACAAUGCUAAAGCUGCCGUCAUGCGCGUGGGUUUAUUGGAGAUGGUCAGGUUUGGGGAGAGGUUCUUUGGUGCAACCUUCGAACCUCGGACUUUCACCGAAGAGAGUGCUGGCGUUGCCGAUUUGAUCACCAGUUGCAGCGGAGGACGCAAUUUCCGCUGCGCGAAGCUCAGCGUUGAAAGAAAGCAGCCGAUUGAAAAGAUUGAGGAGACCGUUCUCAAUGGCCAAAAGCUUCAGGGCACUUUGACAGCGAUCGAAGUCAACAGUUUCCUCAAGAAGCAAGGUCUUGAGGAAGAAUUCCCCUUGCUUACUGCUGUUUAUCGGAUCCUGAAAGGUACUAUGUCUGUUGAGGAUAUCCCUUCUUACAUUGAACGGUAA